GUGGCUCCUGUCAGGCAGGCUUCUGAAGCAGUAGGGUUUUGAUCCCACCCAGAACACUUGAGUUUUGCUCUGCAAGUGUAUAUAAAACUGGUUUCAUCUUCACUCCUAAGAAUAAGAGGUAAUGGAGACUGAACAACAGGAAGAGACCUUUACCAACACAGAGACAAAUGGCAAACGUCCUGCAGAAGAUAUGGAAGAGGAACAGGCCUUCAAAAGAUCUCGGAAUACAGAUGAGAUGGUUGAAUUGCGCAUCUUGCUUCAAAGCAAAAAUGCUGGAGCAGUGAUUGGAAAAGGUGGCAAAAAUAUUAAGGCACUUCGUACAGAUUACAAUGCAAGUGUUUCAGUCCCAGACAGCAGUGGCCCCGAGCGUAUCUUGAGUAUAAGUGCAGAUACAGAGACAAUUGGAGAAAUCUUGAAGAAGAUUAUCCCUACUUUAGAGGAGUAUCAGCACUACAAAGGUAACGACUUUGACUGUGAAUUAAGACUUCUAAUUCACCAAAGUCUAGCAGGAGGAAUUAUUGGUGUUAAGGGUGCUAAAAUCAAAGAACUCAGAGAGAACACUCAAACCACCAUUAAGCUCUUUCAAGAAUGUUGUCCUCAUUCCACUGAUAGAGUGGUGCUUAUUGGUGGAAAACCUGAUAGAGUUGUGGAGUGUAUCAAGAUUAUCUUGGAUCUUAUCUCUGAGUCUCCAAUUAAAGGACGGGCCCAGCCUUACGAUCCCAAUUUCUAUGAUGAAACGUAUGACUAUGGUGGCUUUACAAUGAUGUUUGAUGAUAGAAGGGGACGUCCAGUAGGCUUUCCAAUGCGUGGAAGAGGAGGCUUUGAUCGAAUGCCUCCUGGUCGUGGCGGACGACCUAUGCCUCCAUCAAGAAGAGAUUAUGAUGAUAUGAGCCCUCGCAGAGGACCUCCACCACCUCCGCCAGGUCGUGGUGGCAGAGGUGGCAGCAGAGCUCGUAAUCUUCCUCUUCCUCCUCCACCACCCCCUCGUGGCGGGGAUCUUAUGUCUUAUGAUCGAAGAGGUAGACCUGGAGACCGUUAUGAUGGAAUGAUGAUGCAGUGUCAUGUGGAUGCCUGUGAUGACAUGCAGCCACCAGAGUUGUUUGAGGGUGGCUCUGGAUAUGAUUAUUCUUACACAGGGGGCCGUGGUUCAUAUGGAGAUCUUGGUGGACCCAUCAUCACAACACAAGUAACGAUUCCCAAAGAUCUGGCAGGUUCUAUUAUUGGAAAGGGAGGCCAGAGAAUCAAACAAAUACGUCAUGAGUCAGGAGCUUCAAUCAAAAUUGAUGAACCACUAGAAGGCUCAGAAGAUCGAAUAAUAACUAUUACAGGAACACAGGACCAGAUACAAAAUGCUCAAUAUUUACUGCAGAACAGUGUGAAGCAGUAUGCAGAUGUUGAAGGAUUCUAAUGCAAGAUUAUUUUUUCUUUUUUAUAGUGUGAAGCAGUAUUCUGGAAAGUUUUUCUAAGACUAGUGAAGAACUGAAGGAGUCCUGCACCUUUUUUUUUUUUUUUUUUAAUAUCUGCUUCUGUUUAAAUAGCGAACAUUCCUCUGCUUCAUAGGUAUUCUGCAUUUGAGGUGUAGUGGAAUCUGCUUUUCGCCAGAUGUCAUGUUUUAGUUCGUUACAAAUAUUUGGGGGAGGGAAAGGUUGCACAAGACUAAUACUGAAAUUUUGAAACAGCAGCAAAGAGCGGAUUUUAUUUUUGUUCAGUGGUGGUAAAUCAUAAUGGGGUUUUUUUCUGUAACUAUUGUGAACACCCUGCUUUAUGUACAUUGUAAUUUUUUAUUUUUUUUUUUGAUGGGAGGGGAGAGGACUGGUUGUUCACAUGUCCCUGACAUCCUUUGAGGGCAGUGUGUAGAAUGUAAUGUUCUUUUUUAAAAUGUAUUUUAUGAAAUAAAUUUAGUGAACCUAU